UUACUUUGCUUCCUGUCUGUUUAGCGUCGUUACCAUGGUGAUGCGCCUUGCCCCAGUAGCGAGCAGUGUGGUGUUGGAUAUAGCUAGCUAGCUAAUAGAAGUUCGUUAAUUAGUUAAAAUUACCGUUAUGACCGCAGAAAUGGACUUACCGGCUUCAUAUUACGGGGAACUUGAUAAAAGAAACCCAGUUGUUUCAGCCUUUGAACGAGACAUUAACUCGUUUAUAACACUGAUGAAACGAGUCGCUUCUUCGACCAGCCAAGACAACGGCUCUUAUGCUAAAGGGAUUAAAAUCCUGGUGGAGAUCUGGAAAAAGUACAAACAUCGACUGCCUUCGAAGUUGUACCAGGAGCGCAUGUUGCAGAUUGCAGAUUUUCUCUUUGGGAUUAAGUUGUACGAGCUCGCUCUUUGGCAGGGCUACAGUCUCCACCUGCUGCAGUUCAACUCAGUGAAAAUAACUGACAUCACAGAUGUGGACCACUUCAUGGCUUGCUUCUUCCCUGAAGGGUUUGACACAGACCAAGAUACGUUUACCAUGAAGGUCCAUGCAAUGCAGGGCUGUGCCCUGUGUAUAUUUGAGCAAGAGAAAAGGCACAGCAUCCUCAGCCAGAAGGGACUCUGUAAACUUCUGCAUUUGCUGAACUUCAUCAGGAUCAUGAUGCAGGCAUUUCAGCAACAUGAGCACCUGUGCUGGCAAAUAUAUAAUGGUUCAUUACACAUCUACACCAUCUGCCGUUACCUGAUGACCAUGAAUUGUAGUGCGGAGGCACUGGAGUACCUUCUGUGGGCAAGCAUCAGUUUAGAGCUGUCCAUUCCUCUGAUGACUGCUAAGUGUUUGCCAUGGAUUGUCACCCUCUACUGUGCUGUCUGCCACUGUUACUAUAACAACCAUGCUGCUGUGCAGGCAGAGGAAUUUGCCAGGAGAGCCCUUGGAAAAAUCAAUGAGCUAGCAAAGCUGGAGGAGCAGAAUGAAGUUCCUGCCACCAGAGAGACUCAGAGAGCGUACAAAGAAGCUUCUAUCAAGCUGGCUGCCAUGAUUUUCAAGCGUGCAGUGUUUGAGGCCAGAAGGAGACACAAACCCAUUUUCAGAAUCAAAACCAAAAGCACCUUGAAGGACAUACCCAAUGUGCCGUGGCCUCGUACUUCAACAGAGCGCAUGCUAAUGGGCCUGUUUGACAGCAGUGCAGCGCAGUUCUUGGGCAUCUUGGAAGCACUUUGGGACAGCACCAGACGCCCGCUGCCGUCGAGGAUGCCAGAUGAUCCAGAGCUGCAGGAGAUCAACCUAGAACUCCUGUCUGCUGGCAUCAGUAUAUUAUCUGGAGUCACAACUACUAGUAAGUCUCUUGUGAGUCUUAGUGCACUGACACCAACAUCCACGCUAAUGGAUUUAGCCAUUACAGGAGAAAACAAAGUGCCCAUCAUGUCUGCGAUGAGGUUUAUUAAGAUGUUGUUUCAGUACAAGCAGCCAGAUGCUUUCACUGAACUUGCCAGAGAAAUGCUGCAGGUUUUGUCUGGUGUGGACGGUCAGUCAUUCAGGAGGGCAGAGCUGGAGCUUGCUUUACUUGACAGUUUCAACAGUCUGCUGUCUUCCCAGAGGAGCCAUCCUAGAGAGGACAACAUAGUUGAUGACAGACACAAGUCUUCAUUCUCAAUGAGUGAUGAGUUCAUUGGCCUGGUAGACACCCUGCACAAGUCUGUUUGUGGCUCUGCUCCUGAGGUGCAGCCAGAUGGAGAUCUGGUUUUGGAUGUUGUGUUAUUUCUGUGGGGUAAAGUGAAGCUGGGUAUCCAGAGGGAUCAGCUGCAUAACCUAGAGUUUACACACUACCUUGAGAAGGUAGAUAAUUAUGACAAGUGGCUGUGGUGUCUGUCUAUGCUGUGUGAGGUGGCCUUUGCCUGUGACCUGGCAACUGUUGACUGCAUAAUGACAGCAGAAAUGAUCCACACAUUGGCCAUACUGCUAGAGAGUACAGCUGAAUGCAGUAAUCAAUCUGCACAUCCAGGAGCUCUUGAAGCAGACUAUGAGGGUGUGAAACCACGCUAUUUCUCUCUUCUUGAGAAAUCAAGUACAGAGCUGCUUCAGAAGGUGUGUGAGGUGGUGGAGAGAGGUCUUGAAGCUCUGGCAAAGGGUGUAGCUACACUGCUGCCCCAAGAUUACUCAGCAAUCACUGACUCUGCCUUCAUUCAGAAAUUUAGUCUCCUCCCUCCAUCGACUCCCUCCAUGUCUUCUCUGACAUCAUCAGAAGAGGGAAAUGAAGAAGAUGAAAUAAGUGAGAAGAAAAAAGAAGCAGAGGAAUCUAAGGCAGAACCAGAUAGUAAAGCCUUUCCACACACUCAGUCUACACGUGUAUUCCUGCUGGCCACAGACCUUCAUCUAGAGCUAGACAUCAUCCACCACAGGGCUUCCCUCAAGUUACUGCAGCUGAAUGCAGUUGCGGAGUCUGAACUGUUGGAUCGGAUCAACAAGAACAAGGUGUCCAAAGCUCUUUUCCUGAUCCAGAAAGCCUCGAUGGAGUACAACAACAUGGGGCCAAAUAACAGCAACAAAACCAAGAGUCUGCUAGAGGAGGCCUCUACCUUGAUAGAGAAAGCAGGGGUGGAAGAGAGAAAACUGUAUAUCUCCACCACCCCUAAGACUCCAGCUGAAAACAAAGAUAAAGGGAUGAAGGAGAAGGAAGAAAACCCUCCACCUCCCCCCAUCCUGCUCUCACGCACUGACCACUCCUUAACCUUUGCCCCAGCACCUUAUAACUUAGAGGGAGAAGUGUGCUGGUACCAGCUUUGCGGCCGUGCAGCUGAGGGCAUUAACCGGAAAGUCCGCCUUGGAGACUGCAGCCUGCCAGGAACUGGAAAUAUGGUACCAGCAGUAUCUGAUGAGUGCGUGCUGAGGGUGGAGGGGCUGGAGCCCAACCAGAAGUAUUUGUUUGCUGUAGCAGCCUACAACAGCCAGGGCAAGCUACUGGGCAACACCAUAGGAGGGUCAACAUUCCCACUCCUGGCAUCGCUGCCGAUACCACUGCUCUCCACGUGGGCUCACUUGGCACAGGUGGCAUUUCAAACAGAGCAGUAUGCAGUAGCAAAGAGAGCCUGCAGAGAACUGUGGACCCACUAUACCUACCCCGACCCCAGGUCCCACAGCACACAGGAAAGACUCACUAUCACAGGGCUACAUAUCCAGACCCUGCAACGCUCCUCUCCUCACCUGUGUCAGUUGUUCCUCUGUUCCAUCUUCAUUGAGACAGAGAUCAACAUUCAGCAGGGAUCACUCUAUUGUGACUCAUUCAGUGACAAUGGACCAUUUAUCUGGGAACAGGAAGCCAGACUGGCAGAGUGUGAGCGAAUGCUGGUGGCCAUGGACCUGGCAAUGUGGUUGAAUGACGGUAGCGCUGCCGUGCAAGCUGUAGUUACAUGUUAUGGCCUCCUGUCACCUCUAAUCUUCCAUCAGAUCUUUUGCGACCCUGUUGUACAGGUGCUAAACAAAUGCUUGAUAGUUUUGGAGGAGAAUUCAGGUCUUCUCAAACAAAAAUGGACUGGAAACACCUCAGAGUCAUUAAUGCACAUGAUAGCCUGCAUCACCUACUACCUGUCCAAGGCAUUACGAGUCCUCAGGGAGCAUCAGAUGGCUUCUGUAAUGAUGGACUGUGGUCGCAGCCUGCUCCAAGAGGUCUAUGAUGCCCAGCUGCAGAUCAGUAGACUUGCCCAUAAAGCUGUGGGUUCUAAGACUGAUCAUACUGCAAUCAAGGGUGAAAUAAAGAUAAGCCUUCAGCUGAAGGCACUGCAUUGGAAGAACAAGAAAAGAAUCACAUCUGAAGCAGCUCUCACUGCAGACAAUGAGAUUGCACGCCCACUGACUGGCUGUGAGGAUCCCACCAUAAUGUAUGAUCUGAUCUCCAACAGCACAUUAAAGGAUGCCUAUCAAGAUGUGAUGAAGCACAGACGCAAGGUAUAUUUUAUUGAGUUUGCGGCACUACUUGUCCAGAGAACCAUGGAAGAAGGCCACCCAGACCUUGUGUUAAAGUGGGGACAAAGCAUGUUUGAAUUUCUUUCCAGGCGUGACGAGGUGAUGGGACUGUCCACAAAAUGUUUGGAGGGAAACAGUCAGAGUAAAAGAAGAAGUAGUGCUCAGGCUCCAAAAGGAAAUGAAACACCACAGAAGAACAAGAACACACCUUCACAUGAUGAUACAAGAAAGAAACUAAAGCAGAAAAUGCCCCCCAGCAUGCUUCAGAGAGUGAGAACUAACAGGGAAAUGCAGGUUGUGGAGAAUCUGCUAACCAUAAUGUCGUCUGUGGUGCAACGCCACAAGAAGCAGCUUCAGCUGAGGAACAUGUGCUGUGAGGAGAGAGUAUGGAAGUCUCACCUCAACUACAGCAUGGCUCAAGCCCAUCUAGCGCUGCUUUACCAGGGGCUGGACCAGCUGCAUGGAGGAGCCCUGCAGCACAGUUACAGGCAGUUAAAUCCCUUGUGUUUCUCUCUGGCCUACUCUGGUGUCCUAGUGCGGAAGAACUCACAGCCACAGCAGUCUUCUAAAUAUGAGGCUGUCUCUGAGAGAGACUCCUCUCACUCUGGUCUUAGGGAGUAUGUGGCUGCACACCGAAAGAGGAGCAAAAAUGAGGUCAAAGUGGAUAACUCUGUCUCAGAGGAGAGUUGUGAGGAGGGAGAGGACUCCUCUCAAAUUGUGGAACAGCAGCUUGAGACACACAGACACACUGCUGCGAUGCUGUUGGACUCACUUAACAAAGCUGCUUUACAUCUCCGAAGGGCCAUGGUGUUGGCCCAUCGUGGCAGCCUUUGGACCACUCUUCAGUGUGUGUGUCAGACUGUGUGGGACCAGAGUUGCAGAAUCAAUGUUCUAGUACAGAGAGCUGCUCAGCUUAAACCUCCCUCCCCGAUCACAGCAGACCAGUUGCACACCACCUUCACCCCACUACUGGUGCUGGCUACUGACCUAAUCAUGGACAUGCUGAACAGACUCGGGCUGUGGAGUUUGUAUGACAGCGACUUGACUGAGGAGGAACUAGAGUCCAGUCUCCACUUCUCAGCCCCACUGGAUAACAGCACCCAGGUGGACCUGCGUUGGGUCCGCACCCUGGUGUUGCACACUCUGGAGCGUCUCCAUGACAGUGGCAAAUGGGAGAGACUGGCCCACUUUGCCCUAGUUUUCAACUCAUACACACGGGAGCGUUAUGCGUUGAUCAUAACUCCUCUACUAGUCCAUGCUCAGAGGAGGCUGCUUGAAAGGAUUGGUUCUUUUAGAGGACCUGCGGUCCCUCAACCACACCAUGUCAAGACACAGAAGGCCACUGGCAAGGAGGUAACUUACAGGAGCUACGCAGACUCCCAGCUGCUCAUUGGGUGGACCCCUCACCCUGCACAGCAACCGCCCAUUCACAAAAAAGCAGCACAUACAAACUCCACUCCGCGAGGAGCAGUUGACCUUAAAGCUGCAGAGAUACAGCACUCCAUGUCCCUUGUGUGUGUUCCUCUGGAUGUAGAAGACACACUGAGUUUUUAUCGUCAAGCUCUUGAGAGAAGACCACAUUGUCUUCAGGUCUUCCAGCAUAGUCGCUCAUUACUGCUGCUACUUCUUGCAUACACAAAGCCCUGCUUUGCGGCACAGUCACAGCACUGUCAGAGCAGAAGUCUUAGCCAUUCUGCAAGCCUGGUUGAUUUCAGUCCCUUAGUUAUGCCUACACCUAACAUCCAACCUUGCGACCUGACCGAGGAGGACUACAGUACUCCAGAUGCUCUCUACAGCCUCCCUAUCAGCCCUGACCACAUGUCGACUGUCAGCGCUGCAUACUCCACCUCCAUUAAGUAUCUCCAGGCCAACAACCAUGACUCCCUCAGAAUUUUGGCACUGCAUGAAAUGGGAAACCUACAGUUCUACAAUGGAAACACACGGGCAGCCCACUCAUACUGGAGUAAAGCUGUAGAUUGUGCCUUACAGAGCUCAGGUGCUGUAGAGAAAUGGGAUGGCAUGUUCUUCGGGGGUGGCUCCCUACAACAAACCCUGAAACAGGCUGGUAUUUGGGGAUGUCUACAGGCUGCUGGGCUCACUGCUAAAAUUGCACAGUAUAUCGUAACGUCUGAUAUCAGCCAGCGGACCAAGUGCUGUCUCAUGUCUGCACACCUCUUUAAGUGUGUGCUGUGUUGCUCCCUGGCUCAGCCCCAGGCUGAUCUCCAGUACGCCUAUCACAACAUUGGAGAUGAACUGCUCCCUGGAGUCGACCUUUUCUCUGAACCCCACAGGGUUCACCUCAGCACCACUGUAACCAGCCUUAACUUUGUCUGCCACUGGCUUUUCACCACAGGCUACUACGUCACGCUACUGCCCAUACUAGCCCUUUACCUACAUUUUGUAGGGACUGUUUGCAGAGAUUUCAAACGCACUGUUGAGGGCAAAAUACUUAAGAUACGUGCCCUUACUGAACUGUGUCUGUUCACUGAAGCUGUAAAGGAGGCAGUUCAGCUCACACAAGGAACAGGGGUCUUUCUGCCUCAUGGACACUACAUUGCCAAAGACAAUCUCCAACCUGUGAAGACGUUCUACAGCAACAAGUCUCUCCUGGACAAUUCUGAGGCUUUGGAGGAACUUGUGAACUGUGACUUUGCUCCAGAUGUCAGCACGCUGUAUGGAUCCACAUUGUGCCUCCGAUUCAACCUUGCUCGUGUUCAACUAGUCCUGGCACUCAGUAACACUGUACAUGGCCCUCCUGUGCCAGAUGCUGUUGAAGGAGAAGCUUGUGCCAGCAUAACAAGUUGUUCGGUGAACUCAAAACCCGUGGAACAGGACCUACUGGACAAUGAGGGCUCCUGUCUAAAUACAGGAGAGCCAAAAGUGCUGACCCUUGAUACCAAGAAGGAAAGGUUUACUCCAGAAAGGAUUAAGUUCCUUUUGCUAGAAGGAGCAUCCUCCUUGUUGCACUCCAUUCCGCAGCAGCUCACAUCUCAGUCCUGUAGCGAAAUGGAAAACCUGGAACUGGCACUAGAGUCCAAUCUUCUAAAGGCCAACCUAUACUUGCAGCAAGGACAUGCUGCACUUAGUUCUGAGAUGGCGAUUUCAUCCUUGGUGCUUCUUCAGACGUCUCCUGUAAUCGUGAGAGGAAUCAUACCUGGGUCUCAGAAACCUGCGUCUGAGAUCCCACAUGCCAGGAUUGGAAGUGUACGGGGUACUGAAGAUUGCAGUGUGUCAAACACCCCGGAUGGAGACUGUCCCAGAGCAGUUGAGGCCAGUGAGAGAAUUGGAGUUUCUCUGUGGCUGCGUUGCCGCCUGGCUCUGGUCCGCAGCCUGGCUGCACACAUCCCUGGCACUGCUGCCCUUUUCCCAGGUAAGAACUUCUAUGAGGAGGCAGCUCGGGUGUUACAGGAGGGUCUUGAUGAAUGUGCACGAUGGCGAGACCUCGAUAUUCAAGCCCUUUUGAUGGUCGAAGGUGCGGAAUUGGAAGCACAGAGAGGCAAGAUUGAUGACAGCAUGGCAAUGCUGCAGGAAGCAGUGACCCUGCUGUCAGGACGGACAUGCAUGCCACCAGGGUCCAGUGUUACUCUGGCUCGGGCCACUUUGCUGCUCAGCGACCUAAGAGGAGUACAGAGCACCACACUUCUAAAACUGACACAGAAACUACUGAAAAAGCAGCUGUGUGUUUUUGGUGAGAGUGUAGUGUUGGAUAAUGGGAAAAUGUCUUUCUCUCCUCCUGGACCCAGCAACAUCUACCUCCCUUACCUCAACAUACUGGAUCAGACCACUUUGCGAAUUGGUCACAUUCUGGAUCUCAGCGCCGUGCAAAUGCCAGUCUCUACCCAGUCAUUACAAUCCCCUUCCAGGCAGCAUUUACAUCAGUCCAGCCAGAUUGAAAGAGACUCUCAAGCACCAGUUCCGUCUCUGAACAAUCCAAGCACCUCCAGACCUACAAGCCACCCAUGCUCAGCCAGAAAGCCAGAGUAAAAUGAGACUCAUAAUGGAUUGCACUGUUCUCUCCCAGUCCUGUGCCUAUUGACAGACAUAGCUGGAUGCUGAAGUUGGUAUAGGGCCAUGCUUGGUCUGAGAAAGAAUAUUGUGGGUAACCUGGUGUAAUGACACAUUACGUAAUAAACUUUGUAAUUAAGAA